AUGGAUUUUUCUUCUCACUAUAAAUUCAUGAAGGAGGCCUUCAAGGUCGCCGAGACGGCCCUUGCUGUGCGAGAGGUGCCUGUCGGGUGUGUGAUGGUGUACGAAGACCAGAUCAUUGCCAAGGCGUUCAACCAGACAAACCUCACGCUCAACGGGACAAAACACGCAGAGUUCGAGGCGUACGACCAGAUCCGCGCCAAAUACCCCACGUCGUACGAGCAAGUGCUGCGCAAAACAACGCUCUACGUCACUGUCGAACCCUGUAUUAUGUGUGCGUCGCUACUUCGCCAGCUGGAAAUUCAAACGGUGGUGUUUGGCUGCCCCAACGAACGGUUUGGAGGAAACGGGUCUAUCUUCGCAAUCAACAAAGACGACUUGCUCAAUCGACCGUACCAGUCAAUCCCGGGAGUUCUGAGCAAACAGGCUGUCAUGCUCCUGCGAAAAUUCUACCUCCUGGAAAACAGCAAGAGUCCUGCCUCCAUCGGGAAGAAAAAUAGACGGCUCGAACAGAACGAGUUCCCGCCCAUUGAAUAUCGCAAGUACCUCACCAAAUCAGAGUUCGAGUCCCUGUUCGGCAAAAAGUUCGGCUUUGUCUACGACAACAACCUGUUUUUGGAAUUCGACGACGACGGAACUGUGGUCAAUGAAACACCAAGCAAGAAGCUCAAGACGCGCUAG